AUCAGUGUGUACUGAAGAUGAACUCAUGAUGGCAUGUCAGCAGACACUAAAAUCCCAUCUGAAGAAGAAGUCUGAGUAUAUAUUUGAAGGGCAAGCUAAGCAUGGAAGCCCAGCCCUUCUGAAUGAUAUUUACACAGAGCUCUACAUAACUGAAGGUGGUACUGGUGGGAUCAGUGAUGAACAUGAAGUGAGACACAUUGAGAGAGCACUCAAGAAACCAGCUAUACAAGAAACUAAAAUCAAAUACAGUGAAAUUUUUACACCCUUACCUGGAAAAGUAACAGACAUUAGAACUGUGCUGACACAGGGGGUUGCAGGUAUUGGGAAAACAGUGACUGUGCAGAAAUUUAUUCUUGACUGGGCAGAAGGAAAAGCAAAUCAAGAUUUUAAUUUCAUAUUUCCUCUUCCUUUCCGGGACCUUAAUUUCACGCAGGAUAAACAAUUCAGUUUGACACAAUUGGUUCAUUACUUUCUGCCGGAACUGAAAGAGCUUGGACUCUCACAACUUUUUAAUUCCAAAGUCUUGUUUGUCUUUGAUGGUCUAGAUGAGUGUUGCCUUCCUCUAGAUUUUAAGAACAAUCAGGAAUGGUCUGAUGUAACAAAGACAACUUCACUGGAUGUGUUGUUGACCAACAUCAUGAACGGGAAUCUGUUUCCUUCUGCUCUCAUCUGGAUAACUUCCCGACCAGCGGCCGCCAGUCAGAUCCCUCCUGAGUGUGUCGAUCGGGUGACAGAGAUACGAGGGUUCAGUGACCAUCAGAAGGAGGAAUACUUCAGGAAGAGAGUCAGUGAUGAGGACCUGUCCAAAAGGAUCAUAACACAUGUGAAGUCAUCAAGGAGCCUCUACAUCAUGUGUCACAUUCCAGUCUUCUGUUGGAUUUCAGCCUCUGUUCUUGAGAGGCUCUUUGUUGAGGAACACAAUGGAGAAAUUCCCAAGACUCUCACUGAGAUGUACACACACUUCCUGAUCUUUCAGACCAGUUUAAAGAAUGAGAAAUAUCUAAAAAAACAAGAAACGGAGCCUCUGAAAUCUUUAGAAUUAGAUAAAGAAUUUGUCCUGAAACUGGGGAAGCUGGCUUUGAAUAGCCUUAAAAAGGGUAAUCUCAUAUUUUAUGAGGAAGAUCUCAGAGAGUUUGACAUUGAUGUCACUGAAGCUUCAGUGUAUUCUGGAGUGUGUACAGAAGUGUUUAGAAAAGAGUUUGGGUUGUAUGAAGGGAAGGUUUACUGCUUUGUGCAUCUGAGUGUUCAGGAGUACCUUGCUGCUUUCUAUGAGUUUCUUUCAAAUACUGAUUCCAACCUGCUGGAGGAUACAGUGGAUCAGGCCUUAAAGAGCAAGAAUGGACACUUGGACCUCUACCUCCGCUUCCUCCUUGGCCUUUCAAUGGAAUACAGUCAAAAGCUUUUAAAAGAACUAAUGAUACAAACUAAAACAAGAUCUUUUAGCAUUUCAUACAUAAUUCAAUACAUAAAUCAGAAGAUCAAUGAGAAUCUUACUCCAGAGAAGACUAUUUAUCUUCUCCACUGUCUGAAUGAACUGAAUGACAAUUCUCUGGUGGAUAAAGUACAAAAUUACCUGAAAGCAGGACAUCUAUCAGAAACAGACAUCAAACCCACAGAGUGGUCAGCUCUGGCCUUUGUGUUGAUGAUGUCAGAAGAGGAAAUGGAUGAGUUGGACCUGAAAAACUGCACUUUACGUGAUGGAGGUCUUCAGAGGAUGCUACCGGUGAUCCAGGUCUCCAGGACUGCUCUCCUGUCUAACUGUGGAGUCACAGAGGGAGGCUGUGCUUCUCUGGCUUCAGCUCUGUGUUCGAACCCCUGUUCACAUCUGAGAGAGCUAGAUCUGAGCUACAAUCACCCAGGGGACUCAGGAGUGACUCUGCUCUCUGAUCUACUGCUGGAUCCCACCUGUAAACUGGAGACACUAAGGCUGAAGAUGUGUGGACUGACAAAGAAAUGCUGUGGAGCUCUGGCUUCAGCUUUGUGUUCGAACCCCUCACACCUGAGAGAGCUGGACUUGAGUGAGAAUGACCUGCAGGAUUCAGGAGUGGAACUGCUCUCUGCUGGACUGGGGAACAAACACUGUAAACUGGACACACUGAUACUGUCUGGCUGUUGUGUCACAGAGGGAGGUUGUACUUCUCUGGCUUCAGCUCUGUGUUUGAACCCCUGUUCAGACCUGAGGGAAUUGGAUCUGAGCUACAAUCACCCAGGGGAGUCAGGAGAGAAGCUGCUCUCUGAUCUACUGCAUGAUCCCACCUGUAAACUGGAGACACUAAGGUGGGUGUAG